ACGCGCGAACCCAUGCGGAUAUCCAGCGCGGUGUAAGAUGGCGGCGUGAGAGAGGCUCGUUCAAAACACACAAAUCUUCACCUGAGAGAGGUAACGAGGUUAACUAACAUCAGCUGCGUUACGAGGAUCCGUCCGUCAGUCACUCACAGGUAGAGGUUGGAAUUCACAUUCCAGAAAAGAGCCGGAGGGAUGGCGAAGAGGAUCGCUGAUAAAGAGCUAACGGACAGGAACUGGGAUCAGGAGGAAGAGGGAGAGGAGGCCGGGACGUUUUCAGUUGCGAGUGAAGAUGUGUUGAAGAGCCGGGCGAUCAAGAAGGCCAAACGCAGAAACAUCGGAGAGGGCGAUGGCGGCGGAACCUUCAAAGGGUUUAAGGGGAUUACUUUGACCACGGCGGCAAGCGGCGGCUCCACGCCAACGGGGUUCUCUGGUUUUGGGAACGGCGGCGGCUUUAAGGGCCUCAGCGGUCUGACCAACGGGAACAGCAUCGCUCCGUCAUUCGGAGGUUUCUCUUCUCCGGCUACAACAUCCUCCCCUACACCCGGUCUAACGUUCAACGGCCCCGCCUCCUCUGACAUCACCACCAAGCAGACCAAUGGCUCGGCGGUGAGCCCGGCUCAAAGCUGCAGCUCCUCCAGCAGCAGCAUCUUCUCCUCCAGCAGCAGUGUGGGUAACAAGGAGUACAGCCGGCAGCUCACCGCUCUCAACUGCUCGGUACGCGACUGGAUCACCAAGCAUGUCAACGACAACCCUCUGUGUGACCUCAACCCCAUCUUCAGGGACUACGAGCGCCACCUGGCCAGCAUCGAGCGCCAGUAUGGAUCCGGCGCUGCUGACGGGGGCGCGGAGGAGAAGAAGAAGAAGCUGCCGACCACGGCCACCCCUCCUCCUCCUCCUGCCUCCUCUUCCUCCUCCGGCAGCUCGGCGGCUCCGGCUCCAGCCGCCGCCGGUCUGUUCUCUUUUGGCAAAACUACGACAGAAGACUCGGCCCGGGACAAAGGCGCCGCUCCGAUGCCCGUCGGCGUGACGUUUAAUUUCGGUCAGAAGGUGGACAGCUCGGUCCUCGGCUCCUUAGGGUCCAAAACAACCCCCCCCAGCUUCUCCUUCUCCUCCAGCCAGAACUCCAUGUUCGGAUCUCCUGGUUCUGGAUCUGCUGCUCCGCUGGCCUUCAGCGGCGCCAAGACCGAGGACGCCCGGCCUGCAGACGUGAACGGAGACGAGGAGUCGGAGGAGCCGCCCAAAGUGGAGGUCAAAGAGGUCAAAGAGGACGACGCCUUCUACUCUAAGAAGUGUAAACUGUUCUACAAGAAGGACUCUGAGUUUAAGGAGAAAGGAGUCGGAACGCUGCACCUCAAACAGAACGAGGACGGGAAAGUUCAGAUGAUCAUCCGCGCCGACACCAACCUGGGGAACAUCCUGCUGAACAUCAUAGUGCAGGCGUCCAUGCCGUGCUCUCGGGUGGGGAAGAACAACGUGAUGGUGGUGUGCGUCCCCAACCCGCCUGUCGACGACAAGAAGGCCGACAGCCCCGUCCCCCUCCUGAUCCGGGUCAAGACCGCCGAGGACGCCGACGAGCUGCACAAGACGCUGGAGGAGAAGAAAGGCUGAACCCCCUCCACCCCACCCCACCACCUCCUUCACCACCGUCCCUACAUCCUACCAGAGCUUUUAGCUGCUGACGUCACCUGGUCUUCAUCCUCCUCCAGACUCAUCACGCCGGUUUUAUCCAUCACGUCUGUAUUAACUGGUCCCGGUUCUCUCCUUCUAGAAUCACUCGUCAUACUGUGAAAUCUUUUUAUUUAGAGUCACAAAUAUCAGAAGCAGGCGGUCAUCUACAUUCCUCCGGUCCGCCGCCGCCACUUCGUUAGAGGAACAGAACGACGCAUCUUAUCAGUCAGUGUUUCAUUCGACUGUUUUAACGAGUGAAUUAUCUCCGACUCUUAAAACCACUCUUUAUUUUGGAGAAAGCUCCGAAUAAAACAGUCCAGUCGAUUUGGUUUUACAAAUUAAAAACUCGCAGUAAACGUUUAGUUUGUGUCGAUGAACGCGUGUCGAGGAAUUUAGUGCGUCUGCUGAGUGGAAACUAUUUAUUGUGUCGGCAGGUUCGUACCCGUCUGUGUGAAUGUUUCCCCUGAAAACGACGAGCGUGUGGAUGAAAGGAAGAGUGAGACCGACCCCGUUGUUCUUCUUCUUCUUUUUAUUUUUAUUUCUGUAAACAUGGACUCUGUUGUUUUUCCAAGUGUCCUUUGUGUGGCCUUCGAGAUGCUUCAUCGUCUGAGAACAUUUGUAAAAGACGUUUAUUGGGGAAUAAAAGGAAACGAACAACGA